AUGGUGAGACCCGCCCGGACGGGACCACGCCGCCGCCGCCGCCCGGAGCCGCGCUUCGGGUCCUGCCUGAGCCGAGCCGAGCCGCGCGCGGGCUGCCGCGCCGGGGGGAUGGGCUGCCCGGAGCGCGCCGAGCCCGCAGGGGAGCCCCGGCCGCCGUCCUCGAGCCCGGUCGGCCGGGAGCGGCCUGCGCGAAAGCCGCCCCUCCCGCCGGCCCGCCAUGCCUGCGGCGCCUCCUGCGCUGCUGCUGCUCGCCAGCUGGUCCCUGGACUGCUGCCCGGCGCCCACGGAGCCCGCGGCCGCGCCGCCAACCGGACCUGGACGCCGCGCCGCUGCCGUCGGGCCGACGGCCCGGGGGCGCCCUGGCCGGGGCGCGCGCUGAACGGCACUGCCCGGGCGCCUGGCGUCCCGGAGGCGGGGAGCCGGCGCGGACAGCCGCGGCGGCCGUGGCGGCGGCGGCCGGCCGUCACCUACGAGACGUGCUGGGGCUACUACGACGUGAGCGGCCAGUACGACAAGAAGUUCGAGUGCAACAACAGCGAGAGCGGCUACCUGUACUGCUGCGGCACCUGCUACUACCGCUCCUGCUGCAAGAAGCGCCACGAGAAGCUGAACCAGCGCCAGUGCACCAACUACCAGAGCCCGGUGUGGGUGCAGACGCCCAGCACCCAGGUGGUGUCGCCGGGGCCCGAGAACAAGUACGACCCGGAGAAGGACAAGACCAACUUCACCGUCUACAUCACCUGCGGGGUGAUCGCCUUCGUCAUCGUGGCCGGCGUCUUCGCCAAGGUCUCCUAUGACAAGGCCCACCGCCCUCCGCGGGAGAUGAACAUCCACAGGGCUCUGGCUGACAUCUUAAGACAACAGGGACCAAUCCCCAUAGCACACUGUGAAAGAGAAACUAUCUCGGCUAUCGAUACCUCUCCCAAAGAGAACACGCCGGUCAGAUCGUCCUCCAAAAACCACUACACCCCCGUGCGUACGGCCAAGCAGACUCCAGGGCAUUAUGGGAAGGAUGCUUACCGAAGUGGAGGACCAGAUCUCCAUAACUUCAUCUCAUCUGGAUUUGUCACGUUAGGAAGAGGACACACGAAGGGUGAUCACCAGUCUAACCAUCCGAUUUUCACCAGUGCUACCCAGCUCCCUCCACAUGAGAAGCCACGGAUGAACAACAUCCUGACAUCGGCCACCGAGCCCUAUGACCUCUCCUUCUCCCGCUCUUUCCAGAACUUGGCCCACCUGCCCCCAUCCUACGAGUCUGCAGUGAAGACCAACCCCAGCAAGUACUCCUCUCUGAAGAGGCUGACCGACAAGGAGGCUGACGAGUAUUACAUGAGGCGGCGGCACCUGCCUGACCUGGCCGCCCGUGGCACCCUGCCCCUCAAUGUCAUCCAGAUGUCACAGCAGAAGCCCUUGCCACGGGAGCGACCCCGCCGGCCCAUCAGGGCCAUGUCCCAGGACAGGGUCCUGUCCCCGGAGCGGGGCCUGCCCGAUGAGUUUGGCAUGCCCUACGACCGCAUCCUGUCGGAUGAGCAGCUGCUGUCCACGGAGCGCCUGCACUCCCAGGACCCGCUGCUGUCCCCGGAGCGGACGGCCUUCCCCGAGCAGUCGCUGUCCAGGGCCAUCUCGCACACGGACGUCUUUGUGUCCACGCCCGUGCUGGACCGCUACCGCAUGACCAAGAUGCACUCCCAUCCCAGUGCCUCCAAUAACUCCUACGCCACCCUGGGCCAGAGCCAGACGGCAGCCAAGCGCCACGCCUUCGCCUCGCGCAGACACAACACGGUGGAGCAGCUGCACUACAUCCCCGGCCACCACACCUGCUACACAGCCAGCAAGACCGAAGUGACCGUGUGACCCGCGGGCAGGGCCGGGGCUGCUGGGCGGGGCGGGGCGGGGCCGGGGCCAGGAGCAGAGCUUCUAGCCUUGCAGCUCUCCCUCCCCUCGGCCCCUCUGUCGGAGGUGGGGGGCCACCCUUGCCCAGAAAGCCAUACCCCGGGACAGAGCUCCGAUGGCCUGGUUGCACACACCCAGACCUGGGAUCUGGCGUGAUCGUGAUCGUUCUCUCUUCCAGAAGAGUCAACGGGGGAUGAGGAGGGUCUAGGCCCCACUCUCACCCCCACCACCUCCACCAACUCCCUUCCCCCCCCCCCCGUUUCCCCUCCUGGGGACUCAGCUGCAGCUUCUGUCAGCCAAGAGACCCUCGCCUGGCCCUGGUCCGAAGCUGCCUGGGUUUGACUUGGCCAGCAGGUGCAGUCAGUGGGCUGACCGAAUAGGCUACUCGGCCUCAUUCAUGUCCCUAGAACCGCGUCACAGAAAUCUUCUAGUGCCUAAAAACUGCCUGCUCGCUCUCUCAGAGCCAGGGAGCUGCUGUGUCCAUAAGCACAAUAACGACCCUCUUCUUGCCUGCUGGGACCCUCUGGUCCCCACCGAGUGGCCCUUCCUGCGCUGACCCCCGAGGGCCUGCCCUGGCCCUGCGCCCUCUCCUCUGCCCCGGCGCGGUGGGGGGGGGGUCCCUCCCUUCAGCUGCCUCCCCCUUGCAGCCCACCCACAGGCCCCCAGCCGGUCCUUUGCGGGGGGGUGGGGGGGGGCUUUGCUCCUCCCCGGCCCUGGGUGUUCUGCCCUGAGUUCUCUGGGGCUUUGGCUCCAGCCUUCCCAGAGGGGAGUAGCGAUGGGGUGCAGGGACUUUGGGGGUGCCUUCCCUAGCUAGCCAGUUAUCUCCACAUCCCCUCCAGGCCUCUGGAUCUGAACUAUGACUGCCACUCAGGCCUGCCUUCUCCACCUUGCUCUGCUCCUGGGAGGCGCCUGCAGUGGCCAGACAGCCAGGGCGGGGAGGGCCACUGUGAUGCCCAGGGUCUCAGGAGGGCUCUGCCGUCUCCCGCUGUGCACCUCAGGCAGGACGGAGGCAGAAGCUUCUAGACAGCAGCUGCUCAGCCCCUAAACAAGAAGGACCUGAGGUGGUUGUCCUGCACCCUGCCUGCUCCCCUGUCCCGGCUGCCCCCUGCUCUGUUCAGAGCUCACUCUCCCCACCCCUCUCCCUGCCCUGCCUCCCAUCCUCCUGAAGCUCCAUCCCUCUCUCCUGGCUGCUCCUUCUUCAGACCUGUGCCUCCUCUGGAUCAAAGGGACAAAGACUAUUAGCAAAAGCAAAUAACAGGUUCUCCAGGCUACAGCCUGGGGGCACCUGGGCAGCUCCCCACCACCUCAAUCCCUCCCUGCAGGGCACCGAGGGUCAGGCAGACCCAGGCUCUGGGCUCUGUGGGGCCACCACUGUCAGCCCACCUCAGCCCCUUUCCUGUCUUGGCCUGGGGGUGGGCUUGGUGUGACAGCCACCUGGGGAGCGGGCAGUGGAUUAAGCAUCAUCCACUACCCUGAGACAGGAGCUGGGGUUGGGGAGGGAGAGAAGGGGCUCCCCCAUUCUCAGGGCCAGGGCACCUCCCUGGGCUGGGGCUGGGGAAUCAGCUCCAGACUGUUGGGUGAAGGUGUGACACUAAAAAUAGGACUGUCCCCACAGUCAGACUCCAUCAACAAUCCCCUUAAAUGGGGUUUGACAUUCCCUCAGUUCUGCAUGUGUGGCCCUUUCAAAAGGCAGGUGUCGGGGGAAGAACUCCUCAGUGUCAACCCUGGGAAUGUUUAAUCUAACCAAGUCCACAAACCACAGAGAAAUCAAUGGACGGCUUCCUCUUACUGAUUUCAAGGCUUCCAAAGCACUUGUUUCCUCCCUUGCCCAACGCUUGCUCCCAGCCAAGGUGAACAGGAAACCAUGGCAUGAAUCUUGAGGGGUGGAGGUGGGGUUGCAAGAGCAGCCUUCGGCCUCCCCCACUUGGGCAGUCGUCCCUGGGACUGUGCAGCCUUGAGCCAGGGAUGGCCCCACCGCCCUCCCCGCAAACACAUAAACCUCCUUAAGGGCUGGUCCCCACGGGUUUAUGAGAGUUUGUUCCAGAAGGCAAGGCAAAGAGGGCUGGAAAGGAGGAAAUUCGUCUAAGUAGAGCAGUUGAUCACCCCCAGAAACAAAAGGGGUGUCUCACCGCCGGGCCCUAAGCCCAGCACCCUUGAAUCUGCUGGAAGUUCUUGGCAGUCCAACGGUGGAGAGGACAAAGGGCUGGCGUGGGUGAGAGGCCCCUUCCCCGUUGUCUACACACCAGCCCAGAAAGCUGGUCUCACCUCCGGCUUCCAGGUUCUCCAGCCCUCCCUCGGGGUGACGCCUUUCCCCGGGGCUGUCCCCAGCCCUGUCUCCGACAAGGUCUCUGUCUGUCUCAGGGGUUGUUUGAUAGGUUGAUUCCAAAACAUUUCUCAUCCCAGCCUUGGCACUGUGAGGUUUAAAGCCUCUGAUGUCGGUUGGACUGGAAAAUUCCACCUGAAUGCUUACUUCUUCACCCUCGGCCCAGAAGAGAGAAAUGGAGGGAAGGAGGGAAGCAGAGAGGUAAUAAAAAGAGAGAGAGAGAGAGAAAGAGAGAGAGCACGAUAGGUCUACAGACUUGCUCCCAUUCAGUCCCCCAUUUGAAAACAGUGUCGUAACUGGAACACAGAGGUGGCCCAUUUAUUCAGUUGUCCCAUCCAUCUUUAUAGAACAGGCAAAGCCACGUCACGAGUCAAGUUCACACGGCAGAUAAAAGAGCAUCCAUUCUGGAACCCAGGUGCUGUGACUUCCAGGCCAGUGGCCUCUAGUACACAGAGAAGGGUCAUCUUCCCCUAUAACAGAAGCUCCCCUCCUGGAAAGGGACACCUAAGUCCUGAGAUGUCCCUGUGCUCGUUGUUCUGUUGUGCACAUCUCCAUUGCUCUGAUAGGUAUGGACGUGGGUCUUCCCAGGUUCUCUCCUGCCCUGAAAGUUAUCCCUGCUAUCCUUGGCCUGGAAUGGCAGCAGCUGUCCUGAUGCCCUAUGACCCCCCUCCCUCCCGUCUUGCUUCCUGCAGUUAGCUCCUGGCUCAUGAGUCAAAAAGGCUUUGCCCAGACUCCCUGAACCCCCUAAUGAGGCUUUUGCCCUCAGGGCUCCCCAGUGUCUCGGGGAGUGUCUUGGGCCAUGGGUCUGUCCCUUAGAACGUUCUAACCCUUUCCCAAAUUCAAAUGUUUCCCUCUCUUUCCACUCUCACUCCCCAAAAAUGCUGUCUGAACCUCAAUCUUCAUGCCAGUUCACACUUUGCUUCCUUGCAUCUCCCUCUCCAUCCACUCUUCUCUGUCCCUGGUCCUGCUACGGUCUCUAGUUCUACACAUCAGAGCUCUCGAUGGAAACAGUAGAAGAAUCAGACAUUCUUCAGGUCUUCUGCUUGUCCCAUUGGUGUAUCCUUCACCCCCUGCCCGGGUGAAAUAGUACCCCAGUGUGUACAGCCAAGGGCUCUCCCCUCUGAUCUUCGGGAGGAAGAGGAAGACCUCCGAUGGUCAGCUAUGUUUCCUGUGGCUGGCAAGUGCCCUGCAGCUCCUGACCCAGCGCGCUCUUAGCCCAGAGGCUCCUACUCUGGCCAAAGACUCAUAUCCGUGGGGGCUCUCAGCCACUGCCCCCACUCACUUGUCCCCUCCCUGCUUGUGUGAGUCUCAUAUCUCGAUGUGUCCCCAAAAGCUCUGCGGGCCUCAUGAGUCUCUAAGCAUGGAGGAGUAUCCAUACCAACAUCACUGCCACCAAACUCAAUCCAUUUUCUUCAAAGAUACCUUGUCUGCCACCAGCCACCAGCCUCCACCCUCAGAUUCCUUCCACCCAACUGUGGACUUGACCCAAGGCAGUAUGAAAGGGCUGCCAAUCACUUGGGCCCUAGAAGGCACCUGCUCUGAGAGGAGCUGACAUGUCACCUCCCACAUACAUUCCUGUCAUCCUCUCUGAAUCUGGGAAACUUUGCUCUGGAGUAUUUUCAAGAAAGAGCAUUGUGUUUUAAUGAAGAAUUUUUCAGGGUUCAAAUGUUAUUUUUUAUAAAAGCAGCAUUUUAAUGGCAGGUUCAAUAUGAAAGAUAUGUCUUCCUGGGCUCCGUAUUUGAUUUGGGAAGGCAGAGAAAAAAAAAAAAAAAGCACAGGGCUCAGGCUCUGGAGACACAGCUUCCAGCCCUGGCUUUGUCUCCAUCUUGUUGUGUGACUGAGGGCCACUCAUGUCCCCCACUCAGUGCCUCAGUUUCCCCAUCUUUAAAACGAGGGGCUUUGAUGAGAUGAGCUCUGAAGUUUCGUCCAGCUUUUACAUUCUAGGGCUUUCAUUCCCGGCCAGCACCCGCUCCCUUCCUCAUGUCCCUGCCCACCUCCACCUAACUACAGCCAUCCCCAGUGCUGUCCCCGGCGGCAACGGUCCUCAGAUGCCCCAGACAGCCCCAGACAUCCCCAGGCAGCCAAAGGACUCCUCACUGGAGCCUGGGUGGGCCGGACGGGCUCGGCCACCUGGGGGUGCUCCCGACCCUGAAGGUUUCCAGCCAUUCAACAGGUCACCUACCGUGUGUCACAGAAGCCCUCUCAUAGAGACACACCUAAACCAUCCUGGGCGGCUGGGGAAUUCUAGGGGACUCUGAGUUUGGAGUUUCCAUUUUGGAUACGGUCCUUAUAGCUGGAGGGAGACGGUUCUAAUUUCAGAGAGGGGACUGACUGGAGAAGAAAGGUUUGGAAGGGCAAACCUCCACGAGGGCAUGGGGCUUGUAUCUGAGGGCAGCCGGAAAACGUGUUCCAAGCCACAGAGGAGCCUGCCUGGCACAGGCUCCGUGUGGCAGUGGGUGUCAUUAUAUUCCACUCGGGAACAUUCGUCUUGAAGACCCCAUGCGGACACGAGGCUCCGCCCCAGCCGGAGGAUGAGGAGGAGGCAUCACCACCUGGGCUGCGAGGAGGUGGGCGCCCACCCAUCCCGGUAUCUUUGCAGCCUCCCCUCGUGGCACGACCGUACUCCCAGUGAAGGCUUGUGAAGCAGGAAUGGAAAGUCCAAGUCCGUGUCAUCAAACCCAUCUUGUAAAUCAGGAAACACAUUAGCCUUCUAUCAUUCAGAGAAAUGACGCUGUGAUCGUGUGUUUCUUCCGUGUCCUCCCUCCCGUGGGAGGAGAAGACCCUGCUCAACUUUGCUGCCCACCCUGCGGUGACCCCUGAGUGCCACUCCAUGGGAGGACUCAGUCAUUGGCUUCAUAGUGGCAAAUACCCCUCUAGUUCUAUAACUCAACUAGACAUUUUGUAGUAAAGAAUUCUUAAAAUUCUCUAAUAAAAAGCAAUUCUUACUAUAAUAUUUUUAGUUUGGGGACACGAUUUCCUAAGGGGGGAUUAAUGAACAUUUUUAUGCAUUAGCCCAGUUUAUCGAUUCCAUGUUUAUUAUAUGGUAGUAUUGAUGAAAAAAGUACCUUUCUAUCUGUAUCUUUGCACAGUUUCUUCAUUACUCAUAUGUAAGCUUCAUGAUGGGCAGUGCUCUUGCAACUGCUUCUCUGUACAAAUCUCGUCAUUCUACUUACCUGUCAAAGCACAUUCUAUAUGUACUGUAAACAGAUAUCACUUUAGUAAGAUUUAGUCUUAAGGAUUUUUCCACUUUUGUCAGUAACUGAUAUUUAUGGAUUAAAAAAAUAAAGCCGUUUCAACAUAA